GUUUGUUUCUAAAAUAAGACUCACUGGAGUCCAUUGGGUUUUUCUCAGCAACAGCGAGUGCAGACAUGUCUGCUGUGAGCAAUCUACGAUCUGAAGAUCAGUUUCUGUGCUGCAUCUGUCUGGAUGUGUUCACUGAUCCAGUCAGUAUACCAUGUGGACACAACUUCUGCAAAAACUGCAUCACUCAGCACUGGGACAUGAAUGCCAUGUGUCAGUGUCCUAUGUGUAAAGAGACUUUCUACACUAGACCUCAGCUGAGGAUCAACACUUUGCUCUCUGAGGUGGUCGCUCAGUUCAGACGUGAAGUUCAACAGAAGGCCAGCAGCAGUAGCUCAGAGCAACAAGCUGCCAAACCAGGAGAAGUUCCCUGUGACAUCUGCACUGGAACCAGACUGAAGGCCCUGAAGUCCUGCCUGGUGUGUCAGGCGUCCUACUGUCAGACUCACCUGGAGCCUCAUCUGACAAAGAAAGGUCUGAAAAGACAUCAGCUGAUUGAUGCUGUGGAGAACCUGGAGGGCAGAAUGUGUAAGAAGCAUGAUAAACCUCUGGAGCUGUUCUGUAAGACCGACCACACAUGUGUCUGCAUGCUCUGUUCUGUUUUAGACCACAAGAACCACGAGUUUGUUCCUCUGAAGGACGAAUAUGAAGGAAAGAAGGCAGAGCUAGAGAAGACAGAGGCUGAAAUUCAGCAGAUGAUCCAGAAGAGACGACUGAAGAUUCAGCAGAUCAAAGAGUCAGUGAAGAUGAGUAAAGGUGAUGCAGACAGACAGAAAGCAGAAGGUGUUCAGGUCUUCACUGCUCUAAAGAAGUCUGUCGAUAGAGGCCUGAAGGAGCUCAUAAAGGAGAUUGAAGACAAACAGGAAACAACAGAGAAACGCGCUGAUGGUCUGAUCAAAGAUCUGGAACAGGAAAUCUCUGAGCUGAAGAAGAGAAGAUCUGAGGUGGAGCAGCUGUCACGCUCUGAAGACCACCUCCACAUACUCCAAAGCUUCUCGUCCAUGAAAGCUGCUCCACCCACCAAGGACUGGAGAGGAGUGAGCGUCCGUCCACCAUCAUACGAGGGGACUGUGGUGAGAGCUGUGGCUCAGCUGGAGGAGACGCUCAGGAAACUUAUGAAGAAGAAGCUGUUUGAGGCUGAGCUGAAGAGGGUCCAGCAGUAUGCAGUGGACGUGACUCUGGAUCCGGAUACAGAAAAUUCUAAACUCAUCCUGUCUGAUGAUGAAAAACAAGUGCACUGUGGUGAUGUGAAGAAGAAACUUCCUGACAACCCAGAGAGAUUUUCUUCCUGUGUUAAUGUUUUAGGAAAGCAGAGUUUCUCUUCAGGCAGAUUUUACUUUGAGGUUCAGGUUAAAGGAAAAACUGACUGGGAUUUAGGAGUGGCCAGAGAGUCGAUCAACAGGAAGGGAAAAAUCGAACUGACUCCUCAGGAUGGUUUCUGGACUGUGUGGCUAAGAAAUGGAAAUGAAUACAAAGCUCUUGCUGGUCCUCCAGUCCCCCUCUGUCUUCAGUCUGGUCCUGAGAUGGUAGGGGUGUUUGUGGAUUAUGAGGAGGGUCUGGUCUCCUUUUAUGAUGUAGGUGCUGCAGGUCUUAUCCACUCCUUUACUGGCUGCUCCUUCAUUCACAAACUCCACCCAUUCUUCUGUCCCUGUAAGAAUGAUGGUGGUAAAAACUCUGCACCUCUGAUCAUCUGUCCUGUCAAUCAAACUGAGUCGAUCAACGACUGAUUUUAUUUGAUGAACUGAUUGAUUUUUAUUGAAGGGAACAAAUAAGCAUAUCCAAUGUAAAUAUUCUACAGUCUCCAUGUUUUCUAUAGUAUCUGUUUAUUGGGGACUCCAAUUCACACUUAGAUUUGAUUUUCAUUGAAUUUGAUGUAAACAGAAGAAACGUUAAAUCAGCAAAUGCUCCCACUAAUGGAGACUUGAAAUGAAGACCAAAUAUCAGUGAAAAAAUGUCAAAAAGCUUCAUUUCAAAAUAAAGUUUGUU